AUGUGGGGUCCUCUGGUUUCUUCUCAUUUGAACAGGUAUGGCUCAGUAGCAGGCAUGAGACCCCAGAAUUCCAGCCCCAUCACUGAGCUGGUCCUGGUGGGGUUUUCUGAUCACCCCCAAACUGAGAUUCCCCUCUUCCUCUUCUUCUCUCUGGUCUACCUGGUGAACUGUUUGGGGAACACAGCUGUCAUCACACUAGUGGUUCUAGAUGCCUCUCUGCAGACACCCAUGUACUUCUUCCUCUGCCACCUGGCUUUCCUCGAUGGAUUCUUCAGCACAGUUGUGACUCCGAAGAUGCUCUUCAAUUUUCUUGCAAGCAGGAAGGUUAUAUCGUACCCAUUCUGCCUGGCUCAGACUUACCUCACCCUAUUCUUAGAGUCAACUGAGUGCUUUCUCCUUGCAGUGAUGGCCAUAGAUCGCUACGUGGCCAUCUGCUAUCCACUGAGGUACCUUCUCAUCAUCAGCUGGGCAGUGUGUACAGCACUGGCAGUGGCCGUCUGGGUCAUAGGCUUCUGUGCCUCAGUCAUACCUCUCUACAUCACAAUCCUUCCACUCUGCGGUCCUUACAUCGUUGAUUAUCUUUUCUGUGAACUGCCUAUUCUUCUGCAUAUGUUCUGUGCAGACACAUCUUUGCUGGAGGCCACGAUGGCCAUUGGAGGGGCUGGCACAGUGCUCUUCCCUUUCCUCCUGAUUGUUUUCUCCUACCUUCGCAUCCUCGUAGCUGUGAUAAGAAUAGACUCAGUCGAGGGCAGAAAAAAGGCCUUCUCAACAUGUGCAUCACACUUGGCUGUGGUGGCCAUCUAUUAUGGAACAGGGCUGAUCAGGUACUUGAGGCCCAAGUCCCUUUAUUCAGCAGAGGGAGACAAGCUGAUCUCUGUGUUCUAUGCAGUCAUCGGUCCUGUAAUGAACCCAUUCAUCUACAGCCUGAGGAACAAGGAAGUUCAGAGUGCCAUGAGGAGAGUGAUAGAGAGAUUCAAAACAAGAAUCACAUUCUAG